CUAUUAUCCCUACACGACCGACUUUUUAAACAAACACAUCAAAAUUCCACAUUGCCGGAAAAUAAAAAAAUACAAUUGAAAAUAAUGGCAGCAAUGAAAGACCUUACGAAGCUCAUCAACGGACUGUCAUUAGUCGCUAAAGAGGCUGUCAAACAGAAUAAAUCGGAUUUACAAACCCUAAUCAAGCAAACUGUUUUAUCAGUCACCGAUAUUUCCGGUCUCACUAAAGGCAAUAUUCGUACUUUUAAAAUCAGCGAUACGAAAGAUGAUCAAAACAAAGCCAGCGUUGUUUAUUUUGAUCAUACAACGCCUUCCGAAAGUCAGCCUACCAAAAUUGUGUCUCCAGUGAAUUUGGAGGUCGGUGAUUCCAAUGUUGCUGUAGCUGUUGAUGAACAAACCGCUGUUCGUAUACCUGAUCCGCCGCCGGAAAAUAUGCCGGAACCUGUGACGGAAAUGCGGCCGGAAGUACCGCCUCAGGUGUUACAGAAGCAGAGGCGGCGGAGGGAGAGGAAGGUUCCUUCCACUUCGUUCUCCAGAGCGCUCGGGUUUGCUGGCCUAGGAGCGGGGCUUGCGUGGGGGACAGUACAGGAAUCUGCUAAGAGACUUGUGUAUGGUACGCCUGUGUCGCAAGGGAACCAGUCUGCGCUUUCGCCUUUUCUAUCUGAAAAAAAUGCAGAACGACUGGCUCUUGCUCUGUGUAGGAUGCGAGGUGCAGCAUUGAAAAUUGGGCAGAUGUUGAGUAUCCAAGAUGAAUCUCUUGUACCUGCUCCGAUUCUGGCUGCUCUAGAUAUUGUUCGUCAGGGUGCUGAUGUUAUGCCAAAAAGCCAGCUCAAUCAGGUUUUGGACUCUGAGUUAGGCACAAACUGGUCAUCCAAAUUAAAAAGCUUUGAUUAUGAACCACUUGCCGCUGCAAGCAUAGGCCAAGUGCACCCAGCUGUCACCAAGGAUGAUUUGCAAGUUGCUAUGAAAAUUCAAUAUCCUGGAGUUGCAGAUAGCAUUGAGAGUGAUAUUGAGAAUGUAAAAUUGCUCUUAGACUAUACAAAUCUGAUUCCAGAGGGUUUGUAUCUUGAUAGAGCUAUGAAGGUGGCAAAAGAAGAAUUAUCACGUGAAUGUGACUAUGUGUUAGAGUCAUCUAAUCAGAAAAUGUUCCGGAAGUUGCUAUCAGAUGUUGACGGGUUUUAUGUUCCAUUGGUGGUAGAUGAACUAUCAAGUAAAAAAGUUCUCACGACCGAACUUGUGCAUGGAAUUCCUAUUGAUAAAGUUGCACUUCUUGAUCAAGAGACCCGUAAUUAUGUUGGAAAAAAGUUGCUUGAGCUUACCUUAAAGGAGCUAUUUGUCUUUAGAUUCAUGCAGACGGAUCCAAAUUGGGGUAAUUUUUUGUACAAUGAGUCUACACGAACAGUAAAUCUCAUUGACUUUGGUGCAGCUCGAAGUUACCCCAAGACUUUUGUUGACAAUUACUUGAGGAUGGUUGUUGCUUGUGCAAAUAGUGAUCGGGAUCGUGUGAUCGAGAUGUCCCAGAGGCUUGGUUUCUUGUCAGGGAAGGAAUCAGAAAUAAUGUUGGAUGCACAUGUUCAGGCUGCCUUUGUUGUGGGGUUGCCAUUUGCAAAACCUGGGGAUUAUGAUUUUCGUGCUAAUAAUAUAACCCAAAGUCUUUCAAACAUUGGUGGAACGAUGUUAAGACACAGAUUAACACCACCACCUGAUGAGGUGUAUAGCUUACAUCGCAAACUUGCUGGUGCCUUUCUGGGUUGCAUAAAGAUUGGGGCUCUGGUACCUUGUCGUGACCUUCUGCUACAGGUGUAUGAAAAUUAUCAGUUUGAUGACUAGCUAUAUCGACCGGGUUUCAUUCAUCACUAUGAUACGGCUUUAUUUUUGUGUAUUAUGUUGACAGACGGGUGGGUUGAUAAUCGCCCAUGAUAGGAAAUUGAAUGACACAAUUCUUUGACAUACAAAAGGAUCAAUGAUCAAUCGAUUGAGGAAUGGUCAUUUUGAAGAGUAACACAGUACCUUUCCUUUGGCGAAUCAAAUUGUUGUAUUAUACUGUAAUAAUGUUUUAUGGGACAAUUUCCCCGUUCAAUAAAUUAGUGGCACAUUGCCAAUUUCUAUGAUUUUAA